UCGUGAUUGCGUGGCGCGCGUUUGUUACCGCUUCACGUUCCCGCUGCUGAAACUCUCACCGCGCGACGUUCCUCGCGCGGCCAUUCGCAGUGGAGAAUACCGUUCGCGCGCGCGGAAUAUACCGAGGGAACUGUUCACUGUUCAGUGUUGGUCGGCGCGACAGAGGUAGAAAAGCUGACAGAGGCGAAUCAGCCGUGGCUUCGAAUCCGUAGUGUUCUCCGCGGUGGCUUGCGGUGGCUUGCGGUGGCUUCUUAUGGGAAGCGUUUGUGAGUCAAUGUGAAAACGCCGCGAGUGGGAGCGUUGGACGGAGUUUUUCGAUUGUCGUCGUGCGACAAAUCUGUGUCUGUGCUGUCUGUGCGCGAUGCGCCCCGUAUAUUAUAUACGAAUCCAUCCGCGAAGUGUUUACCUUUGACGACCACCUGUUGCGCGGCUAAACCGCGCCACACGUCUCUCUUGUGUCACGUUGGAUUAACCGGAUUACGCCGCCCCGAGAGAUGCCCUUCGCGUGAAGAUAAAUCAUCGACCGUGAAGACCAUCGGCUAAGACACCGCGAAAGAAAAGGUGGAUUCGUGAUAUCGUAGGUGGAAGACGAAGGAAUCUAGUGAGGACGGUGGGCGUAGCGGCGACGACAUGAAGCAUGCAGCAUGCGUGGUAGCGGUGACGGCUGCGCGGUCUUGCCUUCAACCCCUGGUGUCCGCCAGCCGCUAUCUCGCCAUUCAUGCCCUUCCCGGUGAUCCUCUCUACUUCAUCGUUGAGGCUAAGUCGAGAGUAAAGGAGGUUUAUACGCAGACAUGCACACUUCUCAGCCAACAGGGCAUGCGAGAUUGCGAACUUUUUGGUUUGGCUAUAUUGUCCGACGGCGAAUACCUAUUUGUGGAUCCUGAGAAUAAGCUGAGCAAAUACGCCCCAAAGAAUUGGCGAAAUUCUCAUACAUAUGGUUUGGAUAGCAGUGGAAGACCAGCCUUUGUCCUAUACUUUCGAGUUCGUUUCUAUAUCGAUACACCAUUACUUUUAAGCGAUGAGACGACACGGCAUCAUUAUUACCUGCAACUGCGCGACAAUGUCGUCAGGCACGGCGGUGGGGUGGAGAGCCUCCAUCCUCACCAUCCCCUUCAUGAACCAUCUAUCGUCACGUCAUUGUUGGUGCUCGCUGGGCUUGCCCUUCAAGCCGACCUUGGCGAUUAUUCCGAAGAACGUCACAGACCGCAUGCAGGAUCUGUCGGUUAUUGCAAAUCCACGGAUUACCUUCCUUCCCAUAUGUGCCUCGAGUCGAACGUGCUCACCGUGCUUGCAGCCCAGCACAGAGAGUACAGUGGGCUCUCUAGAGAGGAGGCAGAGUUGCAAUAUAUCCGGGAGGCAGUGCUGUUGGAGGCGCCGCUCAACGCUCACCUGUAUCGGUUGCGCCGAAGUAAGAACGAGGCGGGACCGGGCCGCAUACUCCUGGCAAUUUGCGCUCGUGGAGUGCGAAUCUACGCCGAGGAGGAGACGCCGCGCGUUUUCGCUUGGAACAAUAUCGGCAAACUCUCUUUUGAUCGCAAAAAAUUCGAAAUCCGUGCAGUUGAUCAGCCGGAAAAACUUACCCUCUACAGCGGAUGUGAUGACAAGAGUAAACUCCUCUUGGGACUUUGCCGUGACACCCAUCAGUUCUCUAUGGCUAUAGCGCCUAGAGUAAAUGAAGCUAUGAAACGAGAAGAAGAAGAACGGAAAGUCUUGAGGGAUUGUUACAUGUACCCUACUCGAUGUAAGUUGAGUUUAGCGACGCGCGGUGCGCGUGGUGAUCAACGAAUUUCUGUCAUCUCGAGUACAUCCUCGAAUACAACAUCUGGUAUUGUCAGCGAUCGGGUGCAUAGCGAAGAUGAACCUGAUACUGCACCAGCAUCGACCGAAUGUUUGCCUCGUCUUACCUUAGAAACGAUAUCUUAUUCAGAUGGCCAGAGUAGAGUUUUAAAUGGCACGAAUGGGGAUACAGAUAAUCACUCUAUGCCACCUUCUUCCGUUUCUGUUAUUGACGAGAUUGACAAUUCCGACGCCACUUCUACAUCGGUGGUAUUACGUCUCGCGUCAAGUGCCGCGACCGCCGCCGAGGGCUCACAAUGCAGCAGCAGUUGCAGUACAGUAGUUGUCGUUAAUACAUCCACAGGCGGACCAUCGCGAAUGCGCCGGGCUUCUGCGACCUCUAGUUUGGAGUUAGGUUACUCGCAUACAGCACAAAAUUCGACAAUUUCCACGGAGACAGCUAGUUUUCCGGGUGCUAUUUAUGACAGGUGUAAGAAGACAGGUAAAUAUACAGGUACUGAUAUUGCGAGCGAGACUAGUGGCGUGUAUACACUGAGAAGCAGUGAGAUUCAAGACGAAAGAAUCGGCGAUGAUUUGUAUUUGCCUACGGGUGAUACCAACGCAUCCUCUGCGGCGAGCGAUGUUUGUGCCUUGAGCUCCGUUCAGUCUACCACUGAUGAAGCGUCUAUCACAUCCGGUUUCUAUACUAUUCACAGUGGAUUACGAUCUGAAAGCAGUUAUACGGAAGACGUCGGCGCGGAAGAUCAGGAACCGAUAUAUAGUCUUUGCAAAGGUGACGACGACGAGGUCUCCUUGAACCGACAGCUCGAAGAUUCACGCUCGCGAAGCAAUAGCAUACUCAGCGUGAGCAGUUUCCGAGGCGAUGGUAGCGAUCCAUCCAAAGCGAGGCCGUUAUUGUCGGCUGACGAGUUAUCGGAUUUGAUAGUCGGCAGGUAUCCCCCACGUAAAACUAUUAGCAAUUCGAUGGACUCGGACUGCGAUUACGUGACGAUGCCACCUCCACCUCCGCCGCCACCUAGAACGGACAGUGAUCGACAAUUACCGCCGCCAUAUCCGAUAGAAAGCAUUGACUACGCAACAAUCAACGUUUCAAAGAGAUCCGGCAUACCGGAAUUGGCUCGGGAACGUGAACCACCUCCGCCACCACCAUACAACAAAACUUGCAGUGACUUCGUCCCGUUACCACCUAGACGAACCGAUCCACCACCGCCGCCACCUUCGUAUACAUCGUCACGAGAGAGGAUUCAAAUACCACCACCCACCCCACCACGAAAUGACGCGGUGACGCCACGAGAACCUCCACCACCUCCGCCGCCCUAUCCCGACAUGUCAGCGACGAUUGGCUCUGUAACGAAAGUAGUAAAAAUCAUCAACGACGUCGCCGGAAAUAUCGCGCCACCAAAACCACCGCCUAGGAUCCAACCUCCCACUUACCCAGGCGAUAAAAUGAAACCCACACCUGUACAUGCUCCGGUUGCCGCUCUCGUAGUAGGUCCAAACAAUUACCUAGACGUACACGCUUCCCGAAGCGGUCCGGUACUUCUACCAUAUUUGACGACACCACCGCCUCCGCCUCCUUUACCACCGCCACCGAUAAUACAUCCGCGACAACCACCGCCGCCACCACCACCACCGCCACCACCAUCAACGCAACCAGCAUCAAGUUUGGCGACCGUCUAUACGAGUCAGGUUUCUCGAUCACAAAUAGAACAGUACAAACAACAACUUUAUUCCGAUGUUGAUUAUGUUAUGUUUCCGCUCAAAGAUCCAGCGGUGUCGAAGCAAGAGUAUAUCGACGCCAAACAAGGUUCCCUUCUGGCGGCUAUGGCGGCUUAUCCGCCUCCACCGUAUCCUUCCUUUAGCAAAUCUUCAGUGAUGUAUCGUAGCACGCCAUACCUUCCCGGUUCCUCUUUUUCCUCGCAAUCCAAAUAUGCGUCCAACCAAAAUCUCAGCUCUAGUGACACAGGCAGUUCCAGCGGUAAUUAUCUGCAAGGCAAUCUGAAUAGUCACUAUGCUGCUAGCACUAGUUCGCUGUAUAGCGGUGCAACUUGUUCGUCUACGGGUAGUCACAGUCUCAGAAGAGAGCCGCCCGUACCAACUCACCCUCACACGUUGAAUGCGUUCUCGCGGACCAAAAGUGACGAGAAUAUUCUCAAAUGCUUGAAUACCUUGUUCACAAAUAAGAUGCAGUCUCUACCGCAAUCCAAGCAUCGCAGAUUACCGCCACCGCCACCACCACCGCCCUACGAAAUACAGAAUCUUGAUAAGAAUCAACCACUGCCAUCGUCUUCUUCAGUGGCAACUUCCUCGUUGGUAACUACGACAACAAACAAACUUAAGAAACUCAGCAAUGGUAUAGAAGAAAAUGAUGAAAGGAAAAGUGAUGAUAUGUUAGAUAUCCGAACGCUUCGCGAGAAAAGUCGUAAUUUAGAUUUACCAUUAAUUUCUGCGCUAUGUAACGAUCAAUACCUGCUAAAGCAGACAAAAGCUUUUGUUCUGCCGAAGCAUCCCAGCGAAAUAACUUCCACUGCUGUACCCAUGAAGAGUGGUACACGAAGCAAUGGCACGACGUCCAGUAGGAGCAAGUAUCCGGUGAGUGGACUGUCAACGACACAAAUACAGAAACCACUUAGAAAAUCUUCAACAAGCACUCACAAGCAUCCCUCUGAGAUAAAGAGCAAUGCCUACAAGGUCAAUGUCUCUUCCACUGGGGUCUCGACUAUUAAAAAGGACUUUACAAGGACAUCUCAUUCCUAACGCUUGUGUAGACAUUCUUUUCUCAUUCAUAGACUCUUAGCUCAGGAUGAAAGUACAUUCCAUAAUCUCAUAAUCACUAUUACGCCCUAUGUCGAUUUAAUGUAAUUAAUAUGACGUACUAAGGAGCUGUACGACAAAUUAAAUAUCAUUUUCGCAGACCGUGCUUCUUUGAUUCAGGGUGCCAUUUUGUUUGUUCGCUGUUUUUUUUCUUUUUCUUCUUUUCUCAUAAAUAUGUAGAAGCUCCAACUAGUUUGUUUCAAUAUUAUUAGAUUGAUAUAUUUGAACAUUUUGAUAUUAGAUAUACUAAAGUAUACUAAAGUGUUAUUGUCUCUUGCUCAAUUAUAUGUUGCGACGAAAAUUCCAUUCAUAAGCCCCGAUAAAGGCGGCACUAGUCCCGCUCGUUAGGAUAAAUCAUAGAGUUAUUGGCCAUUGCAUAUAUGAUAAUUAUAAUCUGCCGAGGAUUAGAUAAUUUUAUAUGUUUACACUAUUCGUAUGUUUUAAUUAGGAACGAUUUAAAAAAUUCAAUAUUUUCA